ACAUAUUAUUGUGUUAGUAUAAUUCCAUACAUUUUCCAUGCUAUUUUACAUCAUAUUCUCCAAACUACAACUAUUAUGAACUGCGUUUGACAAUUAAACGGGUUGAACAGCAUCUAUUGGACUGGUUUAUAACGAACUGUCGUGCUGACUAUCAACUUGACUGACUGAAGAUCGGCUUGAACGGUAGCCUGUAUGUGAUGAUAUUAAGAAUUUGCGCUUUUUAACUGAACUCAGGUCAGUGCACAGCGCCAACGCAAAUGUAACGACACACAUCAAGGCGAGGUGACGCGUCGCAUUCGAAUGACGUUAUUCUCCGGCAUGAGCCGGAAGUGUAGUGUUGAUUUGCCUGGCGAGGAGAGAAUGGAAGUGGACUGCAACCAAGGCGACACAACCAUCGACUCGUUUGAGGACUGUGUCCAACUUGGAGACGUCAAAGACAUGAGGCUAGAGGCCGAGGCGGUGGUCAACGAUGUGCUGUUCGCUGUAGCUGAAAUGUAUGUCUCCCACUUGCUGGAGAACACACUGGAUGUUGCAUACAUCAACGUGAAGACGAGAGAAGGAAACCGGUACUGCCUGGAGCUCACUGAAGCCGGACUCCGGGUUGUUGGAUAUGAGUUUGACCAUGUGGAUGAUACUCUGACCUGUCAGUAUCAUGAAACUGUUUACUCUCUGCUGGACUCGCUCAGCCCAGGUUAUAGAGAGGCUUUCGGAAAUGCCCUGCUACAGCGGUUGGAGAGGCUAAAACAGAACGGACAGUAGAUCACCCGUCAGGCAGAGAACAAUGAAUGAAGACCGAGGGUUGUUGUUGAUAGGGACCCAGAGGGACCCAGCUGUUAAUUUGGAGCUCAUUUCUUGAGAAUCCCAUUCUGAAAGAUUGUGAAACAUGUCUGAUAACCUGACACGUUCCUUUGCAUGACUCCUAUUUUGUGGGCUCUUCUGUUACGCAAUUUUCAACUUUAACCAAUAGCCCUAGAAGCUGAGUUGCAAAUUUUUAUCCUGACAUUUGAAGCAGGACAUGGCUACGCUACAUUUAUUGCAUAAUUAUAGCAGCUUCAAAAGAUAUUUCAACAUGGGAAGCAACACUUCAAACAACAGCCCUCUGUAUUCAUUAUUGUUUGCUAAUCAUAGAUUGCACUAAAUAUUUAUUUCUGUUUUUACGGUUGAACUGUGUUGUACCCUUUGCUUAAAUGCUUGACAUUUGUCUAUUAAGCUAAAAUUUACAUUUGUUUAACGGUAUUUGUUGGUGAUGUUAUUCGGCAUCAACUGACCAAAGAGACAAGGGUAUUAAGCGUGGUAUAUAAAACAUUUUAAAUAUUCUUUUAUUGUAUCAGUGUAAUUUUACAGUUGCCUUAAAUAUAGAUGAUGAAAGUAUAACAUGCCAGUCAUGUGACACAGUUAUUUUCAACUUAUAGGUUACCUUCCAUUUAGUCAAAUAUGAAAUUGU